UCACGGAAGGGGGCGUGGCGGGAGGUUUGAAACUCAGCUUCAGGAGUUGAGGCUCGAGCUACCGUGCCGCAAAAAGUGGAGUUGGGGCACGGCAUCCCCUCCUCGCCCCUGCCCAAGCCCUGCCCCACCCCCUUCCUCCCUGUUGAGAUGGGCUCAGCCAAGAGCAUACCAGUGACUCCUGCGCGGCCUCCGCCGCACAACAAACAUCUGGCUCGAGUGGCGGACCCGCGUUCACCUAGUGCCGGCAUUCUGCGCACUCCCAUCCAGGUGGAGAGCUCUCCACAGCCAAACCUGCCAUCAGGGGAGCAGCCAGAGGGUCCUAAUCAGGCCCAGGACUCAGAUCCCCGCUCUCCUACACUCGGCAUUUCAAGGACACCUAUGAAGACCAGCAGCGGAGAGCCUCCAAGCCCACUGGUGAAACAGCUGAGUGAAGCAUUUGAGACCGAAGCCCCCAGAGCAAAUCUUCCCCCAGAGCCUAUUCCACCCCCUGAGGCUCCUUCAUCUUCUGAAUUGGACUUGCCGCUGGGCACCCAGUUUUCUCUUGAAGACCAGAUACCACGUGGGAGCCAGGCUGAGCCUCCCUCCAAGCAGGCAUUUUCCGAGGAAGAAACAGGACAGCCCUCAGAAACCUUUACAGUCAGCCAGGGCUCAGACAAGUGCAUGAGAGACCCUGAGACACCCAGAUCUUCAGGUUCUAAGUGCAGUAGACGGAAACCAAAGGGCAAAGUACUAGGGAGAUCUCCCCUCACCAUCCUGCAGGAUGACAACUCCCCUGGGACUCUGACACCACGACAGGGUAAGCGGCCUUCCCCCCUGAGUGAAAACAUUAGGGAACUAAAGGAAGGGGCCAUUCUGAGAACUGGAGGACAAGCGUGGGAGCAAGGCCAGGAUCAUGAUAAGGAAAACCAGCACUUCGCUGUGGUAGAGAACUAGGCCAUGUGUGGCCCAGCCCUGGCCUCACCUGGGAUCUAGGGAUAUCCUGAGUCCUCUCCCCCCUUCUUUCCCUGGGAGACUAGAAAGGUUCCUUUUUUUUUGACACCCCCUAAACGACCAACUCUGGAACUGAGAACUUUCUUGGACUUUCUUUGUGUGUUACGUGUGUCUUAUAUAUUAAAGGAAGUGGUUUUAAAUGAUG